AUGGUAGCCGCAGUCAAGGUGACACCCAGACUCACCAUCCCCGUCUUCAAACAGGCCGCGACUCGGGCGGUGAACCUGCUGCGCACAAUCCAGUUCACGCACCCGCCCUCAUGUCCGUGCCACUCCAACCCUAACCAUCACCACCACCACGGCGGCGCGGGCAUCACGCCCUUUGCGCGCCGGUCAAAGCGGGGAUAUGCCACGCCGCAGGACUCCUCCCAGCUCAAGGAGUACGCGUUCGAGAUGGCCGCUUCGUCCAUCCGCUUCGGCAACGGCGCCACGCAGGAGGUCGGCAUGGACCUCAAGAACAUGGGCGCCAAGCGCGUCGCCGUCGUGACCGACUCGACCGUCGACCGCCUCACCGCCAUGAAGCAGGUGCGGGACGCCCUGGACAGCGAGAACGUGACCUACAAGGUCUUCAACAGGGUCAGGGUCGAGCCCAAGGACACAUCUAUCAAGGAGGCCAUCGACUGGGCCAAGCCCUUUGGUGCCGACGCCUUCCUCGCCGUCGGCGGUGGCUCCGUCAUCGACACGGCCAAGCUCAUGAACCUCUACUCGUGCUACCCGGAUGCCGACUUCCUCGACUUUGUCAACGCGCCCCUCGGCAAGGGCCGCCCCGUCGACAAGAAGCUCAAGCCGCUCAUCGCCGUGCCCACCACCGCCGGCACCGGGAGCGAGACCACCGGCGUCGCCAUCUUCGACCUCGUCUCCAAGCAUGCCAAGACGGGCAUCGCCCACCGGAACCUCAAGCCCACGCUCGGCAUCUGCGACCCGCUCAACACGCAGACCAUGCCUUCGGCAGUCAAGGCCUCCUCCGGCCUCGACGUCCUGUGCCACUCGCUCGAGUCGUGGACGGCGAUCCCCUACACCGAGCGUGUGCCUCGCCCGACCAACCCCAUCCUGCGUCCUUCCUACCAGGGCGCCAACCCCAUCAGUGAUAUCUUCUCGCUGAACGCCCUGAAGAGCACCGUCAAGUACCUGCCUCGGUCGGUCAAGGACCCCGAGGACCACGAGGCGCAGACGCAGAUGAUGCUCGCCGCUACGCUCGCCGGUGUCGGAUUCGGCAACGCUGGUGUCCAUCUGUGCCACGCUGACAAGACAUCAACGCCAUCAGGCAUGUCCUACCCCAUCUCCGGCCGCAACCCGGGCUACCAGCACGCCGGCUACGAGGUCGACACCCCCAUCAUCCCGCAUGGCGUCUCCGUCGCCGUCUCGGCCCCCGCCGUUUUCCGCUUCACGGGUCCCUCCAACCCGGAGCGCCACCUGCAGGCCGCCGAGUGCUUCGGCGUCGACGUGUCCAACGCCAAGCGCGAGAGCGCCGGCGAGAUCCUGGCCGACGCGCUGGCCAAAUUCCUCGCCGACCUCGGCGACCAGCCCCGGGGCCUCAAGGAGCUCGGCUUCGGCUCCGAGCACAUCGAGGACCUGGUCGAGGGCACGAUCCCGCAGGCGCGCGUGCUCAUGCUGGCUCCGGGGCUGGCCAAGGAGCUGCAGCAGGAGAAGGACCAGCUGCGGCGGCUGUUUGAGGAUGCCAUGACGCACUGA